CGCAGCAACGCAAGGCGCUCAUCCCGUUUGUGACUGCAGGCUACCCACAGCCCCAGAGUACCGUUGCCCUCAUGCAUCGCAUGGUGCAAGCAGGCGCAGACAUUAUUGAGCUGGGUGUGCCUUUUAGCGAUCCAUCUGCGGAUGGCCCUAUUAUCCAAGCGGCUGGGGAAAAAGCCUUGUCUCAUGGCGUAGGACUCAAACAAAUAUUUGAUAUGGUUGCGCAAUUUCGCCUUACUGAUAAUACAACCCCUGUUGUGCUCAUGGGCUAUGCCAACCCCAUAGAGCGCUAUGACCAAUUGCGUGGUGAGGGCAGUUUUGUAUUGGCUGCGGCUCAGGCGGGAGUUGAUGGCGUCUUGGUUGUUGACUAUCCGCCUGAAGAAUGUGGCAAUUUUGCCGCUGCGCUUAGAGCUGUAGAUAUAGAUUUAAUCUUUUUGCUCGCCCCUACCAGUACGCAGGAGCGUAUGCAAGAAAUUGGGCGCAUGGCUACUGGCUAUGUCUAUUACGUUUCACUCAAAGGCGUCACUGGCUCUGGCGCCUUAGAUGUAGAGCAAGUUGCCCAGGCCAUUCCCCGCAUA